AUGAACUACUUUGAGAGUCACGGAGGUCGGCCUUGCGGUGAGGCGGAGAGCCCCUAUGUGCUCAUCACGGAGUACAUCCUCGAUGUUAUUGGCGCGGGUGCGACUGCGAGUUCGGACAUCAACUGGUACCACAUGUGGAGGAAGUCUCAGGAGGCUCAAACGUUGGUGCAAGACCUUGACGCCAUUCACGCCGAGGGACAGAACUCUGCAUCGUACUUCCUCGCGGACCUGAACAACGACUCGCUGCAGCGUACCUACGGCAUCUCCUUCCCCGACAAGCAGCAGCCGUUGAAUGACGCCGAAGGCGCAUGGCCCUUCAUACGACCGUCGCGGAGAUGA